UAACCUCUUUGGAUGAGACCGUCGAUUGUACGGAUGAGACACCUGACACCUGGUUACUAUAGUGACAGUUUUGUAAACAAAGAGGUGGGCAUGGCGGCGACACAGGAGGCAGCUUCUCGUCAUGUGGCAUUUGGGAGCUGCCAGAGGCGUUUGAUGUUCCCUACCCACUGUGCCCCCAAUCGCUUGGGCAACAAGUUGCUUGCAGUGAAGGGCUCCCCGGAGCGCGGACCCGGCUGCUAUGACAACCAUGUGUUUGGCACGGUUUUGUAUGACAUCCAGAAAAGACCAGAGAGCAAGAAAGGCUAUGUUUUGGCAGCAAGAACAGCACCACGCUUUCCCCCACCUGCGCAGACAAUCACUCCCUCGCCACAGAAGUACCAACCAAACUGGGCUCUGCCAAAACCAGUGGCUCCAGGGAGAACUCCAUUCAACUCCACCAAUACCAGAUUUACCACCAAGUAUGUGAGCUCCAGCUCAAACCCUGGGCCUGGGACCUACGCCCAUGACACCGCAACCUGCCGGAAGGUGUCCUGGCCCAUGGUGUUUGGCUCUCCUGACUGGCACAGAGUGCCCCAGCUGGAGCGCAAGGCACUGCGGACAGAGCUCCCUUGUGACAAGGAGUUUAUGAAGCAAAGGAACAGAGUGGCAUAUCUUCAAUUGUACUACGCCUGAUGAAACAACAUCAUGUGCAGCAGUAAUAAAUGUCCUCCCUGGAUUGAGGCCCCUGACUGGACUGUGAACCUUACCCAUGUAUCCUAUAUACCCGCUCUCACUGAAGCGCCAGCUAAUGACUGAUUUUUAAAGACAAAGUAUUAUUUUCUGCCAGUAUUUUGAAAAUUGAAAAAAAAAAAAUCACUGUUUGAACUGCUUAACGAUAUCAAAUAAAAUGUUUGUUGUCUUAA